AUGGCUCACGGGCCAGGGAACCUCCCCGACUGGCCGCCCGAGGCAGACCCGCUUGCGGAACCGGCUCACCCUCUCUCAUCAGGUUCAGACGACACCGUGGGAAAGGGCAGCGCGCCAUCGUCUGCGCGGGUACCAGCAGACGCAGGGACACGGGCAGGGCAGGGCUCGCGCGCGCAGGACGUCGGAAUCGUCGACUUUGGCUUCCCCUUCCGCGACCGAUCUCAAGCCGACCCCGCUCAUCUCCCGCGCGUAUUUGGCCAACACACGGACGUGCAGGGGCAGCAGUAUAGCGGGUACUCUCCGGCACACCAGGACCACACCCACGCGCCGACAUCGCCGCUGUCCACGACACCAGGCUCGCUACCGUCCCAUCCUCCGUCGCAACCCUUCGCCCACCCCCGCCAGGCCCAGCAGAUGCAGUUCCCGCCGCCCGACUUCACUCACCCGUCAUUCUGGCUCGGACAGCAAGGACAGGGAGGGUCCGCCGUCGAUGGCGCGGCGUUUGGCUCGCCCUCCGCUCCGUCGCAAGGGGCGGGAGGGGCAGGGUCCGGCGGCGUCUCGCUCUCGAUGCUCGAGAUGGGGAACGGUGCGAGCGGGACCAACAGCGACAGAGACGAGCUCUCGGGCACCGGACUCGGCCUCCAGGGCUCGUCGUUCCUCCCGCCCCACUCGACCUCGCACCAGAUGAACGUCGACCCAGCCUCGAUGUCCUGGCCCGGCAACCUGCCCACUGCCUCCGCCCCGUCAUCCAUGUCAGACAACGACACGUACCCGCCUCCCUCGCCGACCUCGACUCGCGGCUCGAAACGCCCGCGGCAUGACCACCACAACGCCUCCGCCUCGUCCCUUCCAGGCACUUCAUCCGCCCACCUCCCCCACCCUUCUCAUCCUCGCAUCUACCACUCCAACACCGCCGCUGCGAGCGGAGCGACCUUCUCCACUCAUCCCGCCCUCGCACAGCACGAACUCCCUCUCCCGCCGUUCGACCAGUCGUCCGACAAAUCCGCUCACAUCUCCCAUCCCGCAUCAAACGACGUACAUGAAGACGCUUUCGCUCUCCCGACGCCCGGGUCGUCCUUCUCCGCCCCAGGCAACUCAGACCUUUCUCACCGGCGCCACUUCCCCCGCAACAGCGGCAGCCUGCGAACAGGCUUGUAUACUGGUUCAACCGGCUCGCCGAGCGGGAGUUGGUCGAGGUUCGGGUCUGCAUCGACUGGAUCGGGCGGGGCGUCGCGAGCCGGGAGCGGGUCGGCGCCUGGAUCGGGUGGAGCUUCGAGUGCGAGUGCAGAAGGCAGCAGGAAGGGGAGCGAGCAUAGUCAGGCUUCAGGGAGGAGCGGAAGUGGGAGCGCGAGUUUGAGCGGCGCGAGUCGGAGCGGGAGCGGCAGUCAGGCGUCUAGAUCGGGGCCUGGGUCCGUCUCCGGUCCUACAAUGCUUGCGCAACAGGUCUUCCCGAGUCCUGCGAUGUCCUCUACGAACGGGAACGGUGCAGGAGUCGUUAACGGAACAGGCGAAUGGAGCGGGGCGCCGGGCACGGGCACGAUCUACGAAGACCUUGCCGGCGAACGGCGGACUCCGAGUGCGGCGAGCGCGCAGAGCGAGGACGAGCCGAUGGCGGGUCCGUCUAUGGUCGCGGGCGGAAUUGCAGUCCGUGAGCCGGGCAAGGUUGCGGGCGACGGGAAAAAGAUCGUGCAGAAGGCCGACAAGAGCUGCAAGAAGUGUCGAGAACGACGAGUACGAUGCGAUCGCACUUGGCCGACUUGUUCGAGGUGCAAGAAGCGGCGGGAAACGUGCGAGUGGACGGCGGUGACCAACGUCGACGACAUCGAGGAAGGAGGCGACGCCGAACGGAUCGCCGAGCUGCAAGCGAAAGUCGCCUCGCUCGAACGGCAGCUCAAAGCCGCCAACGUCUCCAUCAAGUCGACCUCCGCCCUUCCCGCCCCUCCCGUCCCUUCCUCCCAAUCUCAACCAAGCCUCGAAGCCUCCCCACCUGAAUCGAACAAGUCGGGCCCGGCUUCGCUCGGAGCAGGGUUUGAGAGCGUGCAGGCGCUUGUGCAAGAGCUGUGGUCGACUCGACUACAACUCAAAGAUGCGGAGGGAGAGGUCCUCAUCCAGUACCUUGCAAGGCAGACGACAGCGGUACUCGACCUCGGGCGGGCGAACGUCAAUUGGCGACUUAGCGAACCGACACUCGCGCGCUCGCUGACUUGCCAUCUCCUCGACGCUGCUUUGCACGCCUGCUGCUCCAAGCUGCCCGGCAUCCAGCCGCUCGCCGAGCGCAUCGACGAGUACAAGCGCAAUAUCGAUUUCCUGAACCCGCCUCAGCAGUGCGCCGUCGCUGUCCUCUGCGCUCUCGGAGCUCGUGCGAGUCCGCACUCGCAGCUACUCGGCAUCGCGACAGUCCACCUGCAGGACGGGACGCCCUCGCCUCCGCUGUACCUCUACGCUGGCGAACGACGCGAGAUGGCGUGCCGGCAACUCGAGCAGCGAGCGCGCGAGCUCUGCUGGUCGCACGGGUUCUUCAACGAACCCGACCUCGCCCAGCUCGACAGCAUGGUCGGACUCGUCCAGCUUCUGAUCUACGAAGAGGUGUUGCCGAAACAGAGCCGUUUCUUCUGCCGCGCCGCCAUCGGCGCCUACUUCGACAUCCGCCACGACGCUCUCGAGCGAGGCGACCGGACCAGUCGCGAUCCUCGCAUCGGCCCCGGUACUGCGCUCUUCCUUGCCGACGCAAGUAUCUCCUCCGCAUGUGGUCGCCCGUCCUACAUCACGACAGGCGAGCUCGACCAGUACAUCAUCUCGGACGGCGUCAAGAUUCCCGACUUUCCCGGCUCGGAACUCGGCGACGAGCUCACCAAGAUUCUGCAGCGGCCGCUCACGCAGGACAAGCUCGUCAGCGCGUUGUCUACAACAUGUCUGUGGGUCGCGGGGUGCCAACGGCUGUUUGCGACGCUUUCGACGGGCCGUCGUCCGGGUGUCGAAUCGACCUUGCCGCUGCUCAAGAACCUGUGGAAGCUGAUCGACAAGGUCCACAACGCGAUUCAGGAGCUCCAGCAGCUCUUCGUCAGCCUGUCGCCUCAGGCAGUGGAAGGCAUGGGGGACGAUCCAUUCGGCCUCGAGCACUACGUCCUGAUGGGUGUCCGCUACGACUCGCUGCUCGUCGACCUCGUCAACCUCCAGCACGUCUACCUCAUGCGGAAUCGCAAUACGCCCGGCGUCUGGAACGAGACGGAGAACGACCCGCUCUUGCAUGCCAUGCGCGAAGAGAGCAUCCUCCGCGUCCGCAAGUGCCUCAAGCUUGCCGCAUUCUACGCGCAGCUGUACCUCCAGUCGCAGGACAAGCAUCUCGUACACCACAUGCUCAUGCAGCUUGAGAUGCUUCCCGAGUGGUCGAUCUGGGCGAACCAGCGCAUCAACUCGCCGGGCGGGCCGACCUCGCAGGAAUACGAGGUGACAGAAGCAGAACUGAACUGGUUCCAGCAGGCGCUCGAACUCGCUUCAUACUACAACCCGAAGGCGGCGCACCGGCUGGCCGAGUUUUCGCGGAGUCGCUCGCACUUCUCCCAGCACCCGCAACGAGGUGUCGAAGAGCUGCUUCGCGGCGCACCGCAUCCGAAUCCGAUGAUCGCUCUCCAGCAGCAGCAACAGCCCCUCAUCGAGCAACAGCUCUCGCAGAACCCCCGCUUCUUUUACGACCUCCCGCCGCACGACGUCGCUUCGCUGCAGCACAUGUCGCCGAACGACGAUCCUCAGCGGUUUUACAACGUCGCUGCUGCCGAGCCGUUCGUCCCGAACCCGAACCAGCUUUACGUCUUCAACGACUAUGGUGUCGCGGCCGACCAAGGUCGCCUGUUGUCCGACCAGCCUCCCGUUCCCUCGCUCGACUUUGUUCAAGGCCACUUUACCGGGCAGAACUGGAUGGCCAUGUCGCCGCCGAUCCAGGAGCGGAAUAGCAUGCAGAAGGAGUACGAGCACGCUGGCGAGCGUUUGGGAGGUGACUCGCCCGAAUGGAUGCGCAACGCUGGACGGAGCGAGGAGGCGUCGUGA